AUGACUAACUACUAUAAUGACUUAAUGUAUUUAUCAGGUGAAAGGCCUCAAUAUAUGAUGUGUUGUAUAUGUGGUAUAACAACUGACAUAAACCCUUCUAGAAUGUGUAUAAAUUGUAUACGUUCUGAAGUAGAUAUAACUGAAGGGAUUUCAAGACAAGUAAUAUUACCUUAUUGUAAACAUUGUAGAAGAUUUCAAAAACCACCAUGGAUUUCUUGUGAACUUGAAAGCCGUGAAUUACUUGCAUUAUGUUUGAAGAAAAUUAGAGGUUUAAAUAAUGUAAGACUUAUUGAUGCUAGUUUUAUAUGGACAGAACCACAUAGUCGUCGUUUAAAAGUCCGAUGUGUUAUCCAGAAAGAAGUUAUGAAUGGUGCAAUAAUGCAACAAACUAUUAUUGUAGAAUUUUAUAUGCAAGGACAACAAUGUGAUGAUUGUAAGAGAAGUUUUACUCCUCAUAUAUGGAAUUCAGUUGUACAAAUACGUCAAAAAGUCCCACAUAAGCGAACAUUUUUAUAUUUAGAACAAUUAAUUCUUAAACAUGGUGCUCAUGAAAAAGUAUCAAAUAUAGUUGAGAAGACAGAUGGAUUAGAUUUUCAAUUUCAACAGAAAACUCAUGCUCAAAAAUUAGUGGAUUUUGUAAUUCAUUAUUUUAUAUCUAAAGUAAAGACAAGUAGACAAUUAAUAUCUCAUGAUUCUCAUAGUAAUACACAUCAUAAUAAAUUUACUUUUUCAGUUGAACUUUGUCCUGUAUGUAGGGAUGAUCUUAUUUUUAUUCCAAAACAUUUAUGUACAAAUUUAUUUGGUGGUAUAUCAUCAUUUGUAUUAUGUAGUAAAAUAUCAUCCAGAAUGUAUUUAUUAGAUCCAUUUACAGGUAAAGAAGCAGAAUUAGCUAAUGAGAAAUAUUGGCAAUAUGCAGGUUUAUCUACAAAUAAUAUUGGUGCUUUUGCAAUUAUUUUGAAUAAAUUACAUUUAGUAGAUUUUUAUGUAUUAAAUGUUGAAAAAGAUUUAACUCAAUUAUGUGGAAAUAAGAAAAUAGUAAUGGCUGAAGUUGAAGUAUGUAAACCAAAUGAUUUAGGACAAGUAGAUUCUACUGUAAUAGUUAAAACACAUCUUGGUGGAAUUUUACACCCUGGAGAUUGGGUUAGUGGUUAUGAUCUUCGUACUCUAAAUAAUAUUGGUGAAUUAGAAAAUAUUAAAGAAUUUCAACAAUGGUUAAAUGCAAAUCAUGAUGUUAUUUUAGUAAGGAGAACUUAUGCAAAAGAUUUAGAAUCUAAAUAUCAAUCUAUUUCAAGACCUUGGGUAUUACAAAGAUUACCACGUGAAAUAGAUGAAAAUAAUUUAGAUAAGAAAUAUUAUCAAGAUAAUAUGAAUAAUGAUAUAGAAAAUUUCAAACGUGAGAUAGAAACAGAUAUUGAAAUGCGUAAAGAGAUUAAUUUAUAUUGGGAUCCUAGAUCUAAUAUUGGAAUAAGGGAACAAUUUUAUCAAAAAGCUAGGAAACCAAGAUAUUUAAUUAAAAAGAAAAAGAAUAAUGAAACUUAUUAUGAAAAAAUGAUAGAUGACACAAUUAUAGAAAAUGUUACUGAAUGUGAUAUUGAUGAUUAUAUACCUCAAGUUGAUAUUUCAGAACUUCUGGAUGGUCUUACGUUAGAUGAUGAAAUUUUAUAA